GGCAACCCUAAAUUUAUAGCAGCCUGCCCCGACAUUUUUUAUUGGGUUCCUUAUUAUCUCAUAACCUGGAAAAACCUCUGUGUAAUUUUCCUCAAAAAUAGUCAAUAAUUCCUGCAAUUCUCAUUGGAACUAAAGAUCAGCACAAAUGGCAGCGCAGUUGUUCAACAGAAUUGGCCAGAUUGGAUUGGGAGUGGCUCUUGUGGGUGGAGUUGUGAACUCAGCCUUGUACAAUGUCGAUGGAGGUCACAGGGCAGUGAUUUUUGACAGAUUCACUGGGAUAAAGCCGGGAGUUGUGGGAGAGGGAACUCACUUCUUCAUACCUUGGGUGCAGAGACCCAUAAUGUUUGACAUUCGCUCCCAGCCACGCAAUGUUCCCGUGAUGACGGGCAGCAAAGACCUCCAGAAUGUCAAUAUCACCCUCAGGAUUCUCUUCAGGCCCGUACCCGAUCAACUGCCCAGGAUUUACACCAUUCUCGGAUCGGAUUACGACGAGAGGGUCCUGCCAUCGAUCACAACGGAAGUGCUAAAGGCUGUUGUGGCUCAGUUUGAUGCCGGUGAGUUGAUUACGCAGCGAGAAAUGGUGUCCCAGAAGGUAAGUGAGGAUUUGAUUGAGAGGGCAUCGCAAUUUGGUGUCAUCCUGGAUGACAUCAGCAUCACACACUUGACCUUCGGGAAGGAGUUCACGCAGGCCGUUGAGAUGAAGCAGGUGGCACAGCAGGAGGCCGAGAAGGCCAGAUUCCUGGUGGAGAAGGCCGAGCAGCAGAAGAAGGCCACGGUGAUUUCGGCUGAGGGAGAUGCCCAAGCUGCAGAACUUCUGGCCAAAUCUCUGGCUCAGGCUGGUGAUGGUUUGGUGGAAUUGCGAAGGAUUGAGGCAGCUGAGGACAUUGCCUAUCAACUGUCUCGUUCCAGAGGCAUCACUUACCUGCCUCCUGGGCAGAAUCUCCUCCUCAAUCUGCCUGCCCAGUAAAAAACGCAUCCUCUCCAAUUGCAUUUAAAAUAAGGGUAGGAAGUGUCGUAGGAAUAGUGUUGGAAAAAUGAUGGAAAGUUCUAUGUUCAAAAAAAUCCAAUUUUCGGCUAAAUGAAGAUGGUUUUAUAUUCACGA